CCCACCUCUUCCCCCCAGCGGAGAGGAAGAGCAGAGACAAGUGAACAACAAGCCGAGGCGAGGAAGAUAGGAAACUAACUGCAGAGCGUGUGAAUGGAGCAGUGUGCGAGUACGGCCUCCCUGCUGGCCUCGGUGCGGGAGCAGGAGAGGCAGUUUGAGAUGCUGAGCCGAGCUCUGGAGGAGGAGCGGAGGUCGUGUGCCGGCACCCUGCCCCGCCCCCUCCCCAACAUGCAGAACGGCCGCCUUCCUUGUGAUGCGGACAUAGAAAGGCUGACACUGAACGAGGGUUACAUCAACGGGUCACAUCACUUCAGGAUGGAGCCUGGUCAGGUGUUGCAGGAGUCAUACACGGUGGAGGAAGACCCCCAGGAGUCGCCACCUGUUGUCUCCUUAGAGACCAGUGACGAUGGGACCACGCGGCGCACAGAAACCACGGUAAAGAAAGUUGUAAAGACGACCACCACUCGCACAGUUAUCCCCUCCGUGUCAGACACACUUUCCCUUGAUGGUGGGGGUUCAGUGACAGGUAUGGGAGGCUACCCUGCACCCAUGGUCUACAGGCAGGCACCCCCAGGUGGCAUGCCAAUGGACUACCCUACUCACACUGUGCCCCGCAACUACCACUACGGACCACCAGGGGCCUACGACGACUACCGCCCUGGACCCCCAUCGGAGACAUACGCAAGCCUUAACAGGGGAGCUCGCAUGGAUGAUCGCUAUAGACCGGUCCAUCCAGAUGGUUACAGAACUCUCGAUCCAAGCUACAGAGCCCACAGCAGGAACCAGCUGGACCCCUAUGCUGCUCAACCACAGGUUGUGCGUAUGGGAAGUGCCUUGGAGCUAUCGGCCAUCCCGAGGUUUGUCGCAGAGCCGUAUGGUCUGGAGGAUGAUCAGCGCAGCAUGGGCUAUGAUGAGCCCGACUAUGGAUUGGGACACCCAAUGCACUACAGCACUGUGCCCCGCAACCUCCAUGCAUUUCCUCAUGGUCCCCCACGCAGGGCUGGGAGCUACGAAGGCACCUUGGAUGGCGAUAUGAGUGGUCCAGGGGACAUGUACUAUUGGGGGGGAGGGGCACCGCUGGCCCAGGGUGAAAGAGGCAGCAUGGCCUCGUUGGACAGCACUCUGAGGAAAGGUCCCGGCCCCAGCGGCUGGCGUCAACCAGAGCUGCCAGAGGUCAUUGCCAUGCUCAACUACAGGCUGGACCCCGUCAGGAGCAAUGCAGCUGCUUACCUGCAGCAUCUCACCUAUAAGAAUGAUAAAGUGAAGUCUGAUGUGCGUCGUCUGAAAGGCAUCCCAGCGCUGGUCUCUAUGCUUGACAUCCCAAACAAAGAGGUUCACUACGCAGCCUGUGGAGCACUAAAGAACAUCUCAUUUGGCAAAGAUCCAGACAACAAGAUCGCUAUCAAGAACUGUGAUGGAGUGCCUGCUUUGGUCCGGCUGCUGAGGAAGACCAGGGACCAGGACCUCACUGACACUAUCACAGGGACACUGUGGAACCUGUCAUCCCACGACUCUGUGAAAAUGGAGAUUGUGGACCAUGCGCUGCAUGCCCUCUCUGAUGAGGUGAUGGUGCCCCAUUCAGGCUGGGAGCGAGGGAGCAACGGAGCAGGAGGAGGGGAGGAGAACUGCAAGCCCAGACAUCUUGAGUGGGAGACUGCGCUCACCAACACAGCAGGCUGCCUGAGAAAUGUGAGUUCAGAACGAAGUGAGGCGAGGAGGAAGCUGAGGGAGUGCACAGGACUGGUCGAUUCACUUAUGUACAUCGUCCAGUCCCAGAUCGACUGUAAAGAUGUCGACAAUAAGUUGAUAGAGAACAGCGUGUGUCUGCUGAGGAACUUGUCCUAUCAGGUGCAUCGCGAAAUCCCCGGCUGUGAGCGCUACCAGGAGGCCCCGCCCAUCAACCAGGGCCCUGCCCCCUCCAGCCAGAAGGGUGGCUGCUUCAGCUCCCGCAAGAGCAAAGAUGAGUGGUUUUCCAAAGGUAGGAAAGAUGAGGAUCCAGCUGCAGACAUGAUAGACAUUCCAAAGAGGACCACACCUGCUAAAGGUUACGAGCUUUUGUACCAGCCAGAGGUGGUCCGCAUCUACACCUCUCUGCUGAAGGAGUCCAAGAACCCCACCGUGUUAGAAGCCUCAGCUGGAGCCGUUCAGAACCUGUGUGCUGGACGCUGGACUUAUGGGCGUUACAUCCGUGCCUUGCUGCGUCAGGAGAAGGGUCUACCCAUGAUGACCGAGCUGCUAGCACACGGUAACGACCGCGUUGUCCGCGCCAUGUCUGGGGCCCUCCGCAACUUGGCCAUCGAUGCACGCAACAAAGAUUUACUAGGUAAACAUGCGGUGCCUCACCUGGUGGCCAACCUGCCUGGCGGUGGUCAGAGUCAGCCGGUGCGAGCGCUAUCAGAAGAGACGGUGGUGUCAGUUUUGAGCACACUCCAUGAGGUGCUGGGCUCUAGCCUGGAUGCAGCCAAGACCCUCAGGGCCUCGCAGGGAAUCGAAAGACUGGUGCUCAUUAACAAGGACGGUAACCGUUCUGAGCGGGAGGUGCGUGGGGCCGGCCUGGUGUUGCAGACAGUGUGGGGUUACAAGGAGCUGCGGCGCCUUCUGGAGAAGGAUGGCUGGAAGAAGACGGACUUCAUGGUCAACCUGAACCCUCCCAGCACCAGCACCAGGGCCAACGGAGGAUAUGAGGACAGCAGCACCCUGCCACUCAUAGACAAAGGAGGCAAAGGGGACCGGGAAAUGAUUCCAAUGAAUGACUUGGGACCAGAUGCCUACUCCACACUGGACCAGAGAGGGAGGAGGAACACUCUCGAUAACACACUCGAACCUGCUGACAGAGAUGCAGUGCAGAAAAACUGAUUGUGUGCAUCACAAGACGACAACCUCCUCCCACUUACUGCCCUUGCUGAACUGACAAUGGGGGACCACAACACUACCGAUGGGACUAAACUCCAUCCUUAACUCUCAACUCGUCUGUCUCUCUUCACUCUCUCGCAGCUUCUUUCUUUUCUCUCUUUGUUACAUUCCUCCAUUUGCAGCUGAAAAACAGAAAACCACACAGUAAAACUGACGUGGAUCUACGCUCCCCGUGGACAAACCGGACGAGACACUAUGACCACUUUGUGCUCCUCGAGUCCCUGAACUCCAAUACACAAACCACUCGAUCAGAUACCGUGGCCACAGCACUACAUCUCCACGCAACAACACUAUGACGCGUCUGGACAACACUAAUUCUGUGGCUUCAUCUGAACUUAUCUCUUACUUGGAGGUCGGAGUGUAGACUUAGACUAGUUAAACUGAUUUAGAAAGAACUAUGGUAUCAGAAGGGGACACUUUUUGGUGAAAUUUUACAGAAAUGGCUAUUACACUACAUUUCGAAGAAAUCGAAAGAAUGUUUCCCAUUGUUUUUCUCUCUCUUACAAGAAAAACAAACAAUUUCCUACCACUGAGAAUCAAUGUUUAAUGAUCUUAUCAGAUAAUGUGUAAAGCUUCUGUUUUGGUAGUGGUUAUUCCUGUUCUUGCUUUGCUCUGUACCACAGUAAUGCACAUGUGCCAAACGACACUGCUAAUGCUGCGACUGCCAAUAUAGAAUGCAAGAACUUCACACACUCAGACUUUUUACAGCAGCUACACUGAAAUCAGUCUUCAGCUUUAGUUUUGUGCACAGUACGUUUCAAUGACAGUCCAUCGCCAACAUGCAUGAGGAUGCUGCAUUUCCUGUAUUUGAUUGUAAUCCAUAGACAUGGAUCAGACAAAUAAUGUUCCAUCUCGUUGGAAUAGACACAUGUUCCUAAAGUGAAGUUUCUGUUAAAUGUAAGCCCCUUUGUUUUUGUAAUUAUUGGGAGCUAUCGCAGGAUUCAGUGGGUGCAUUUCUAAUCCUAUGAAUGUGUACAUACAAGACUGUCUCUAGGAGCAUCUGUGUGGGCUUAACUGGAGUGCCUCACUCAUUCAGAAUAGGUCUGAUGGGUUUGUCUGAACUGACAGGGGUAACCAAUCUCAAGGUGUCUUUUUCUCAGCAGGUAACAAGUUGGGAAUAAUGUAUAUGGAACUCAGCAGUUUUCUAUUCUGCAAGAUAAUGGACUAUGUGAAGUUGUUUGUAUGUAAGAGUUGAUUCUUGUCAUUUGGAAUUGUGUUUUUUUUUAUAUAUAUAUAAGAUAUAAAACUCUUGAGUUCUGUAUGAUUUACUGCUAACUAUAGCCUACUUGGCUUUAACUACAGAACAGUACAUGGGAGAAGACACAGUAUUGUCUGUUUUUGCCUGCAUUUCUUAAGUACUCGCCUGUUCUGUAGAAGAAUGCAUAUACUUAGUGCCGAGUGAGAUGUAGAUACUUACUGAGUGGAUGAUUAAAGAAGCACUAGGGGGGGUACAAUGUGUGUUUUUCUUCUUUUCCGCCUUUUUUACCUUUCCUUUUUGUUUUCCAUGCCAUUGAAACACGACAGAGGGUGCCUCGUUUUCUCAAAGUAACAAGUUGCCUUCAAGAGUGAACUAAAAGAGGAGAAUAGAGGAGAGCAAGGGUUUGUGUUAGAAAAAUCUUUGUGUAAGGAGGCAUAGACCAGAAUCUACCAGUAAAGUGGAGAAAAAAUAAAAGCACAUUUAAACUAUAUAUACAAGAGAAUAUUUGUUAAUUUUAAUGGUUUUAUGUAUUUCUUUUUUUAUACUGAUUUGGGUUUAAUUGUUUUGGGUGCUCUGGGUGAACGCAUAUGCAAUCAGUUUUUGUGUUUUGAUUGAAAAACAUGCAGUUAAUGUCUUAAUUCAGUGCAAACCAAGUUAAUAAAAUCCUCCAUCACCUUCAUCAGAUACUGGAACACUAAUGGAAAAAAAAAUCUGAUUUUGGACUACACCAUUAAUCUCUUUGCCUUGGCUCUCAAAGUUGCACAUUCUCAUUUAUGAAUGAAUUAUGUAACUAGCAAUACUGUUUUUAAUAAAAAAGAAAAUGAUUUCUCA